AUUCAUUUUCCACAAUCCUUUGUGACAGCUCACGAUGGCGGCCUCCAUGAGUGAUUCAGAGAGCAGCGGCAGUAGCGAUGCGGAGGAGCUGGCGCGGUGCCGCGAAGCGGCUAUGCCGGCCUGGGGCUUGGAGCAGCCUCCGCGAGUAGUGGAGAAACCAAGAGCUGAUGCUGCAAAUAACCAGUUGCCAGCCACCCAGCGGAGCCUCAGGCAUAAAGUGAAUGAGCACGAACAAGAUGGCAACGAGCUGCAAACCACGCCCGAGUUCCGAGCACACGUAGCCAAGAAGCUGGGUGCGCUGCUGGACAGCUGCAUCACCAUCUCAGAAGUAGUGAAGGAACCGAGAAAAGCCAAGGUACAGGAAGUGGCCUCAGGGGACAGUGGCUUCCGCCUCUUCUUCACGUCCAUCCCCAGAGACCCCGACCAGGAAGCUGCUCCCCAGCCCCGCCGAAAGCGACAACCCUCCAGCUCCAGCAGCGAAGACAGCGCUGAGGAGCGGCAGCGGUGCCAGGAGGCGGCUGUGUCAGCCAACGACAUUCUGCAGGAGUCAGCCCUCCAUAGUCCUGUCCAGGGGGAGAAGGAGGCCAAGAAGAAGAAAAAGAAACUGAAAAAGAAAGCCAAGAAGGUAGACAGCAUCACCACCUCACCCAGUAGAGCAGCAGUCCAGGAACAAGAAAAGGAAUCAGGUUCAGUCAGCAGAGACCAGCAAUCACCUGGGACCAAAAAGAAGAGGAAGAAGAAAGUGAAGAAGGCCAGCGGGGCUUCCUUAUGCCCACUGACAAAGAGCGUAGCCGCUGUGCCUACAAACUGACCCUGGGUGCCAUGCGCCCUCGCUCCAAGGACGAGGCUGCCAAGAGGGACAAGCCGUUUCCAUACCUAUCUCUCCAGGUUCCAGCCUUGGCUGGCAAGUCCAGACUCUGUCCCUCUGUAUACCUGCUGAGGACUGGACAGACCUGUAGUUCUAGAACAUUCUGUGGCCUCAGCUAUUCAAGACAAAUGGUCAGGCAGUGAUGCCCCACCUCCCCCAGGCUGUCCAUGGUGGACAAGUAAAGGGAGAUCUUUCACUGUACGUGGUGGCACAUCUUCUGAUCCCAGCACUCAGGAGGCUGAGGCAGAAGGAUCACUGUGAAUUCAAGUCCAGCCUGGACUAUAUAGUGAGACCUUGUCUCUAAACAUACAGGAAGCGGGAGGACCUUUCUCCCUCUCCAGCUGAUUGUGAGACAGAUCUUUAGGAAAUGAGGGAAGGGGUCCCCAAGACGUCAAGGCCCAGACAAACAUAUUUCUGCCCCAACUCACAUAGAAUUGACAGAACAUUUCAGGAAAAGGAAGAGAGGAUUUUUUUUCCCUUCUGUUUUCUAGAAUUCCCUUUCUCUGCAUUGUGAUUUUAUGGGUGCAACAAUGUCCCUGCACCAACUGGCCCGUGAGAAAUGAGUGGUCAAGGGCCCAGAAUUUGGGUGCUGAAGCACUUAUGGAUUAUGGGAUCCACGGCAGGUGCCCCAGGUGAAGGUGGAGUUCUGGCUUCCUCACCUUGCCUCAGUCUCAGAAAAACAAGGGAAGCCAGGCAUGGUGGUGCACACCAUGGGAGGCUGAGGCAAGAGGAUCACAAGUUCAAGCCCAGCCUGGGCCACUUAGUGACUUGGCAAGACCUUGUCUCAAAAUUUUAAAGAUCUGCAAAAGGACUGGGGAUUUGGUUCAGUGCAAAGGUCCUGGGUUCAAUCCCUAGCACUAUAAAAACAAAACAAAAAACAUUGUGUGAGAGUCUGCCCUGGAGUCAUCCCUGCUCAGACCCUUGGCUCACCCCCAGCUGGGUGACUCACAGACAAACAGGAAGCUUUUGUACAUAUCUCUUCGAUUUUACUAAAAGUUAAAUAAAUGUCCAGCUUCACCCAUAA